GCAAGCUUUACUCAACUUGUCUGCGUGUGAGAGACCGAGAGGGGGAUCCGGCUAGGGGAGAGUUUGCAAGAAAGGAGAGACAGAUGGAACGCGGAGGCUUCCACGGCUACCGAAAACUCCCCGACAAUACCUCUGGAUUGAAGGUGCCGGAGAUGAACAUGAGAAUGGGCGAAGUCAACCAUACAAACAACAACCACUCAAACUCUGAUGACAACGAGUGCACCGUGAGAGAACAAGACCGCUUCAUGCCGAUUGCUAAUGUUAUCAGAAUCAUGCGCAAGAUUCUCCCUCCGCACGCCAAAAUAUCCGACGAUGCCAAGGAAACGAUACAAGAAUGUGUGUCCGAGUACAUCAGCUUCAUAACGGGAGAAGCCAACGAGCACUGCCAACGUGAGCAACGCAAGACCAUCACUGCGGAGGAUGUUCUGUGGGCAAUGAGUAAGCUAGGCUUCGACGACUACAUCGAGCCUUUGACGGUAUAUCUCCAUCGCUACCGGGAACUGGAGGGUGAACGUGGAUCGAUCAGGGGUGAGCCAGUGGUGAAGAGGGUAGUUGAUUAUGGAGCUUUAGGUGUUGCUGCUUUUGCACCUGCUAACUUUCACGUGGGGAAUCACCAUCUCCAUGGCCAUGGCUUCUUUGGGAAUGGAACCGUGGGAGGAUAUCUCAAGGGUGAGUCCAAUGCAGGCUCAUCACAGGCUGCAGUGGCAAAUGGGGAACCAUAUGCCCAGCAGCUUAAGUGAGGCCGCGCGCUGCAGCUAUAAUAAUAAUCA